GGGGAGGUACAGCAGAAAUCGUCUGACACUGAAACACUAAAAAAAGGUCUCUGAGGCCUUGCAAAGGAGUCUUGUUUCAUGCAGGGAGAAUUACUUUGACUUUGUGUUCAUCCUAUUAAAUCAGGAACUGCCCAAGAAGUAGAGGAAUAGAUCUUAGUCAUCUGGAUUUAAGAAGAACAAUGUCUCUUCCCCGACAGCUGCGAGAAAAGAGUGAUUUUGACCAGCUUCCAGAUGAUGUACCUGUUUCAGCUAAUAUUGCAGAUAUUGAAGAGAAGAAAGGCUUUACUAAUUACUAUAUGUUUGUCAUUGAAGUAAAGCUUAAAGGUGGUGGCAGAUACCUGAUUUUCCGGCGCUAUCGUGAGUUCUAUGCCCUGCACACCAAACUAGAGGAGAGAUAUGGGCCAGAGAGCAAUAACAGCCCAUUUACCUGCACACUCCCUGUACUGCCAGGAAAAGUUUUUGUUGGUGCCAAAAAGGAAAUUGCUGAGAACAGGAUUCCUAUCCUAAAUGUCUACAUGAAGAACCUGCUCUGCCUCCCUGCUUGGGUGUUGAUGGAUGAGGACGUUCGGCUGUUCUUCUACCACUCAACCUUUGAUGGUGAGCAGGUGCCUCACAGACUGAGACGGCUUCGCCCACGGACACGCCGAGUUAAGAGCAUUUCAGAUCAAGUGCCUGUUUUUGACCGCACCGCAGCUCCCCGGGCUGAGGCACUGUUUGAUUUUCCUGGAACAAAUAAACUGGAACUCAAGUUCAAGAAGGGAGAUUUGAUCUAUCUACUCAGCAAAGUAAACAAAGACUGGUUGGAGGGAACUGCUGAUGGUGCCACUGGGAUUUUCCCAUGUGCUUUUGUGAAGAUCAUAAAAGAUUUACCACAGCAGGAAGACACAGUUAAUAAAGUUCGCUGUUAUUACUAUGAUGAGACUGUGACCACCAUCAGGGACAUCUCAGUGGAAGAGGAUGUGAGCAGCAUUCCAUCAUUCAAAGAUCUAAUGGAAUUGAUGAGGCAGGAGUUUAACCAAGAAGACAUUGUUUUGAAUUACCGGGACGCUGAUGGUGAUCUGAUCCGCUUGCUCUCCGAUCAGGAUGUUGAACUCAUGGUGUCUCAGAGCAGAAAAAAUCCUUCUGAGAAGCACUUUUUCCCUUGGAAGUUGCACAUCACUCACAAAGAUGACUUGGGUGUCUACAACACUAGUCCAGGAACAGGUGCUCCUCAAACAGUAGGAGCAAUGUAAGUGCUAUAUAGGUAUCCCUCUCUGCAGGCAGUUUCCUUCAACAUGUCUUUGAAGUGUCCUUGAAAUGAGUAAUUUUUAGUGAUAUAUUACCUUUCAGUGUAAAAUCUGUACUUAGUUAACUUCUUCAGCUUUUUAGCACACAUCUACAAUACAGACAUCCACAAAGAGACCAGAGAAUGUGAGGAAUAGAGAAAUAAAAUAAUGAGCCAUGUUUACAAAGCAAGUCAGUGUCAGCCUGCAACAGAGGUCUCCUGAGCCCCUAGACCUGCUCUAGUUUCUGUUCUCACUCCCAAGGCUAGUUAUUUGUCCAGAAUGUCUUCAUAAGCUUUUGUUUUUUCUCUAGACUCUCAUAAAUUUCUCUUCAUUUGCUGAUUUGAAGGUUUGUGGGCCAUUGUGUAAUUAUUUCUCUCAUGUUGGAGUCUGACUGGGUGUUCAGAGUUUGUCCUAGGAGCAUCAAGAAAACUUUUUUGGAUUGCAGUGAAGAAAUUGCAGCCCAUCUUAGCUUUCUUCUUUUCCACUGACCAGUUUAUUGAAUUCUGUGAAUCAAACCUAGUACACCUGUGGUGUUCCUUAUAGACCUUUAUAUAAUUGUACAAUCCACUUAUUUUCAUGUUCUGGGAAAAUGUGUAGGAUAUCUAUUCAAACAGCAGUUUCUUCUCUGUCUUCUGCUUUCUGACACUGCAUUCAAAGUAGAAUUAACAAGAAAUUACUGUAUCAGAUUCUUCACAAAUAAAGUUAAACAUUAGUUCGUCAAUGUUUAUUUAAAAGUGGGUGUUUUUUUAUGGGGUGCUUCUUGACAUUAUUUUACUAAAAUAUUACAAAAUGUGACUUCCUGCUUCAGAGGCAUUGUAGCAAUGUUAUUUAGAAAGAAGAUGAAGUAACAGCAAUGAUUGUGUCAGUGAUAUUACAUGUUGUGAUAUGUAAGAAAAUGCAUUGUAAGUUUGAAACCUAAUGGCAGGUAUGGACUGCAAAGCUUCUGGUGUGCAGGAUUCUUUGUUACUUGUUCCUGGAGUUCAACAGAGCAACUGGCACUCAGAGAUUUUCACUGACAGCUGGAUCCUGUGAUGUAAGCAGCAACUCAGCAUGUCUCUCUGAAAAUGGAGGAACAUUUUCAAUGAGAAGGGAAAGGGAAGGAAAAUGUCUACUAGGAAACAACUGUCCUCUUUUAUAAGGGUGCUGGAAGAACAUAAACACACUGGCCUUUGAAAAUCAGGGCAGGACGAUCCCCCUCUGCCUUUAAACUGCA